AUGGCCUUCUCUACUCGAAGCGUACUGCGCGCCUCUCGCGCUGCCAACUUCUCAGCUGCCUCCCGUGUUGCUGCUCCCAGCAACGCCGUCCGCUUCUUCUCGGCCACCCGUGCCGUCCGCGUGUCUGACACCGCCAACAAGAAGAGCGUUGUUCGCGAGAAGGAGGUUCCCGUCACCGUCUACGGCGCUGGCCAAGGUGACAAGCAGACUCUGCAGGUUCCUGAUGGCGCCUCCAAGGUCCCCUACGACAGCCCCGUCCCCGCUGAGCGCGAGGAGGUUGAGCCUCUUAACAAGAAGGUCUACGACCAGCUCCCUCACACCGUCAAGAGCAUGACCGUUCAGGACAAGGUCAUCAUCAUCACUGGUGGUGCUCGUGGUCUGGGCAACCACAUGGCCCGAGCCUGUGCUGAGGCUGGUGCCAAGGCCAUCAUCAUCUUCGAUGCCAACCAGGAGCUGGGCGACGCUUCCGCCGCUGAGCUGCACCAGAAGUCUGGUCUCCCUGUCUCUUUCUUCAAGGUCGAUGUCCGUGACGGUGCUGCUAUCAACGCUGCUGUUGACUCCGUUGUCGAGCUCUACGGUGCUCCCGACGUCCUGGUCAACGCUGCCGGUAUUGCCGACUCCAACAUCAAGGCUGAGACCUACGACCCCGCCAUGUUCCGUCGUCUGAUCGACAUCAACCUUACUGGUUCCUUCCUCAUGGCCCAGGCUGUUGGCCGCUCCAUGAUGGCUGCUGGCAAGCCCGGCAGCUUGAUCCUGGUUGCCUCCAUGUCUGGCUCCAUUGUCAACUACCCCCAGGAGCAGUCCUGCUACAACGCUUCCAAGGCUGGUGUCAUCCAGUUCGCCAAGUCCAUCGCUGCUGAGUGGGCCAAGUACAAGAUCCGUGUCAACUGCAUCUCUCCCGGUUACAUGGACACUGCCCUCAACCGUGUCCCCGCCCUUGAGGCCCAGAAGAAGAUCUGGAAGUCCCUGACUCCUCAGGACCGCCUGGGUGCUGUUGACGAGCUCAACGGUCUCUGCGUCUUCCUCGCUUCCGACUCCUCCAGCUUCAUGACUGGUUCCAACGUCAUCAUUGACGGUGGUUACUCUUGCUACUAA